UUGACAGCGACAAUUUAUACUUCAAUUAAAAUCAUUACCGAUAGGUGGCCGGAAGUCAAGAAUGGCGUCGCCUCAAGUUUUUUUGUUCGCGUUAUUACUCGCAGGCAUUGCAGUGUUCGCAAAGAGCGAUCGUAUCGUAGGAGGUCAGCCGGCGCCAAUUGAACGAUACCCUUCAAUAGUGCAAGUAAACGCUCUUAGCAUCAGCAAUGCUUGGGUGGAAUUCUGUGCGGGGAACAUACUUACUACCAGAUACAUUCUUUCCGCUGCACAUUGCUUCCAUGGAUUUAUGUACGCGCCCUCUAGACGGCGCAUCAGGGCGGGUACAGCGGAGCAACAUGUUGGAGGCAUGGUAGUUUACGUGGAAACGGAGUUCAAUCACCCCAGCUACGGUCUCUUGGGUAUGGACGGUGACAUCACCGUGGUGCGGCUGCAAUCACCUCUGAUCUACUCCCCUGUCAUCCAGCAGGCCACUAUCAUCGCCCAAGGUUCACAAGUACCGGACAAUGCUCCCACAGUAUACGCUGGAUGGGGCGCUAUGUGGGAAGAUGGUCCAUCUUCCGAUAUCCUGUUGGACACGACAGUUUACACGGUCAACAAUCAGGUGUGCACGGAACGAUACAAGAACUCUCCCCGCCAAGACAUUGUCACCGAGAACAUGAUCUGCGCUGGUCUUCUUGAUGUUGGAGGCAAGGAUGCCUGCCAAGGGGACUCCGGUGGCCCGUUGUACUACGGCCACAUCCUCGUGGGCAUUGUCUCCUUCGGCGAAGGCUGUGCCAACGCCACCUUCCCGGGAGUUAACGCUGCUGUCGCUGCUUACACUGACUGGAUCGUGGCAACUGCCAUAUAAAGAUUAUUGCGUAUUUAAGAUUAAUAAAAUAUAUGAAAGAUGCUUUCAUUUUAA